AUGGUUAGAAAUCCCGAAGAUACGUUUAAUUGUUCAAAUGGACUGUGUAUAGAAUCAUCGGCAGUUUGUGACGGUCAUGCAGAUUGUUCAGACAAUUCAGACGAGACCAAAGAUUUGUGUGCUAGACAAAGAUGUCCAAGUUAUGCAUAUAGAUGUAAAUAUGGAGCUUGUGUGGAUAAAAAUGCCAAAUGUAAUGGAAAAAACGAUUGUGUUGAUGGCUCUGAUGAAAACUUACCUGAAUGUAGACAAGGUUUAAUUAACAGUACUCAACAUGUCAGUGUAUCAUCAAAAUGCCUCGAAGACCAAUACAAAUGUACAUCAGGCCAAUGUAUUGAUGGAACAUCAACUUGUGACGGAACUCGAGAUUGUAAGGACGGGUCUGAUGAAACUUCUGCGUUAUGUAAAACAGUCCGGUGCCAAAAGUAUACAUUCCAGUGUAAAUAUGGGGCUUGUGUCAGCAAAGAGAGUAAAUGUGAUGGCAUAAGGCAGUGUAUUGACGGUUCUGAUGAAGAAAGAUGUGAAAGUAAUAGCAAUAGUCCAUCUUCGAAACCAAUAACAACGGCAAGGCCUGUACAAAUUACAACAAAACCAAUAAUGCAUUCUAAUAAUACAAUGAAUUUAUGCGUUUUACCAACUGUCAAUGGCGUGAUAUAUACUUAUGAAGGUUCAACAGAAAUUAUACCUCAUGGGACAUUUAUUAAUCACCAUCUUACUGUAAUUGAAAACUGUGAAGUUGGAUAUCAUAAAGCUUAUCCUAAUGGUUUUAGAGUUUGUCAGGGAAACGGUAAAUGGAUAACGGUUUCUGAUAAAUUAUGUUUCAAAAUGUGUCCACCUUUACUAUCAGAUAGUUUAGAUAUUAAAUGUACUCUUAAUGGGAAGUAUGCUAAUUGCUCAAAUCUAUCGAUACCUGACACAAUAGCAACACCAUCAUGUAAAUCUACACAUACUGUGCCAAAUGGACAAGAAGAAACUCCACUUGAAUUACAUUGUCAGUCUAACGGAAUGUGGAACAAUCAACUAUAUAGAUGCAUUCCAUAUUGCGGUAAAGUAUACAUCAAAAACCAAGUAUUGAUCGAUAAUGGUAAGAAAGCGCUCAUUGGAACAGCACCUUGGAAUGUUGGAGUGUAUCAAUUAAAUAAAGAGAAUUCCAAUUAUGAUUUGAUAUGUGGAGGAUCAAUAAUUUCUCCGAAUUUAGUUGUUUCUGCGGCUCAUUGUUUUUGGCAAAAAGGUAUGAUAUCUAAUAGAAUAUCAGUUAAUGACGCUCUAUACAGAAUUGCUGUCGGAAAAUAUUCUAGAGAUUUUACUAUAAUUGACAAUGAAUUUACUCAAAUAUUGGAUGUAGAAAUCAUUUACCUAAAUGAUGGUUAUUACGGGCCUAAUGGGUUCCAUGCUGAAGAUAUAGCUGUUAUUGUAUUACCAAACCGAGUUUCUAUUAGUAGCGGUGUCUCACCUGUUUGUGUCGAUUGGAAUAGUAAAUAUACUAUGUCAAAUGGAGCUCAAGGAAAGAUUGUUGGUUGGGGAAAAACUGAAAAGGGUAUAUCAAGUCCCAUUUUAUUAGAAGCAUCUUUACCAUACAUCGAUCAUAGCUCAUGUCGGAGUAUGUAUAAAAAUGGAUUUGAAACAUUUGUAACUGUUGAUAAGUUUUGCGCUGGUUCUGCAUUAGGACAAGGAGUUCGUGAAGGCGAUAGUGGUGCAGGAUUAACCUUUUUACACACUAAUUCUUAUUAUUUAACUGGAGUAGUGAGUGUGAAGGACCCAAAUACAAAUAAUUCAAUUGCAGUUUUUACAGAUGUUAAGCAUCACAUUCAAUGGAUUCGUGAACUGUACAACAAACAUACAUCUUAUGCUAGUGACAAUAUAUCUAAGUCUACCAGGAUGGUAGUUACAUGAAAAUAGUUUAUUGUAAUAUUUAAAUCAAUAUUUUUAUGAAUAGAUUUUAACUUUUGUGUAACAAUUUUUAAUAGU